AUGAGUUUCGAUAAAAUGAAAAGUAUGCCUGAUGCUCUUAAGCCACUUAUUCUUCUUCUAACUUUUCUCCAAAUUAUUUUUAUGGCUUCACCUGGACUUCGAGGAUUUGGCUGGUUUAUUUGUCUCACUUCGAUUCUUGAAUUUCUUGCCGCAAUUGGUAUUUUUCUUGGAUUCUUUUUUGGUGUCUCGUUUUUCGCAACAACCACUUAUAGUUUAUUGGUGAGUUGGAAUUACUGUAGUUGAGAAAAUAAAAACAAACUGAUUGUGAGAUUUAGGAUUACUGUAUCCAUCAAAAUCACUUUUUUCAAAAAAAUUUGAAUUUGUAUUUUUUUCAGUUGAAAUUUCAUUAUUUUCAAAUUUCAAAAAUUAUUCUGAAAAUUCAAUUCAAGGUAAAUAGAAAACACUGAUUGACAGAACAUGACUCAGAUUGAGGUAUAGGCAUCAAAAUCUACCAAAUCCCGAAAUAUUCAGAAUUUUUGAAGUUUUCCCAAUAAGAGAUCCAGAUUCUAAACUCCACAAAAAUUCCACCAUAUUUCUUAUUUUCCAGGAACUUGGUGUAAGUGCAGCAUUUUGUGUGUGCAGUGCUCUCAAUACAGUUUAUUAUUUCGUCAACAUUUUCUAUCUCUUCAAUUUCUGGUUUCUUCUCGCUACAGCUGCUUCAGUCCUUCUUGUUCUUGCUUACGGACUUCAAACUCUUGUUAAUUGGUCGGCUCGCGGAAUUCAAACUCGUUCGACAAAUCAGGCAACAGCUCAACCACCACCGCCACCACCAGGAGGUGCUUUUCCAGCUGGAGUGAAUCCGGCAUAA